AAAGGGAGUGUUGUUUCUGCUACAUAGGAAAUGGCCAUCAGGCAAGUCCAAAACAAAUAUAAAGAGUGGCAGAGAAGCAGUACAGUAGUCGAAGAGGACAUCUGGACUUAGUGGAGAUCCUCCUUGAAGCUGGUGAAACUCAGUUUAAUCAUUGUAGAGUGAGAGAUCAUGGCCUUCCUGCUGAUUUUUAUCACCCUGCUACAUGUGUUCAUUCUUGGAAUUCUAUUCAUUGCCACCCUUGGAGAGUCCUGGUGGGUGUGGAAUAGUACUGAAAGAUCAGACCUCUGGUACAAUUGCAGAUUAGACAAUGGAACCCAGACGUGGCUUUGUAUGUCAUCAAAAGAGACAGAGUGGCUCCAAGCUAUCCAGGUUCUGAUGGUUGUGUCUGCGGUCUUCUGCUGCAUCUCAUUCCUAGUUUUUCUAGGUCAGCUUUUUAUCCUGUCAAAAGGAGGCCUCUUUUACCUUACAGGAGUCUGUCAAGCAUUUGCAGGUCUUACAACCUUCAGUGCAGUACUCAUCUACACGUUACACAACAAAGAAAUCCUUCAGAGCUCUAAAAAGUUGAGCUCAGGACACUAUGGUCACUGCUUUAUUUUGGCAUGGGUGUGUGUGCCUUUGCUAAUGUGGAGUGGAAUCAUGUACAUUUAUUUGCGCAAACGGGAGUAGCAUCAUGGUUUCCUCCUGAUCGUGUUCAAUAUAAAACAGUCACAGUAUGAUGUCUAUAUAAUUUGUCUAUAUUACUUUUAUAUUGUAACAAACAUACAUGCUUUAUUUUGCAGAAUAUUAUGCUGUAGGAAGAUGUCUAAACUAUACACAUUAUACCUAUACAAGGAUAAAGUGUAUAUACCUGUAUGCACACACAAAAGUAUUUUUUUUAAUAAAGCCUGAUUAAAACACA